AUGAGGACGACACGCGGCGCGCUGAGGAUCCUCACGGCGGCGCUCCUCGUCGCCGCCGUCCGCUGCGGGUCCAUCGACGCGGGAUCGCGGGUACUCCCGCGCGGCGCGAACCCCGCCGACGCGGAGAGGUACGCCGCGCACGACGGAUCCUCCGCCUUUGUCUGCGACGGUGGCGCCACGACGAUCGACCGAUCGCGCGUGAACGACGACUACUGCGACUGCGACGACGGCGCGGACGAGCCCGGCACGUCCGCGUGCGCCAACGGCGAGUUUCACUGCCGCAACCGAGGGCACCGAUCGAUCUCGCUCCCGUCGUCCCGCGUCAACGACGGCGUGUGCGACUGCUGCGACGGCACCGACGAGCACGACGGGGGCGCGCGUUGCCCGAACACGUGCCUGGCGGCGGGGGCGUCGAGGCGCGACGAGAUCCGCGCCAGGGUGAGCAGCGCCCGGGGGGGCGUGGACGCGAGGAGGAAGAUCCUCGAGGGCGCGCCGGCGCUGAGACGGCGGUGGCAGGACGAAUCCGUCAAGCUGGAGAAGGACGUCGCCGCUCAGAGGGAGAUCGUGCGCGACGCGAGCGUCGCCAAGGAAGCCGCGGAGGCGGAGGAGAAGAAGGCGACGGAGGCGGAGGAUCGCCUGAACAAGCGCGAGGCGAGUAAGAAUAAAGGCGACGACGACGCGUCGGGCAACGAAACCGCCGUCGCCGACACAGCUGUCGCCGACGCCGUUCCCACGCCCACCCCAACCUCGACGGAAACCGUGGACGAGUACCCCGUCAUCGAGGACGACGCGGUUCCCGAGCUUCAGGCGAUCGACGACGUCGCGGAUGAACGGGAAGAGUCGGAGGAGGAACGCGGUCGACGAAUCGCGCAGCAGUGGAUCCACGGAGACAGCGAGUCCACCGGCACGGCACCCUCGGGGCCCAGCUCGCCCGCCGACGUCCCCGACGCUAUCCGAGACAGGGCGACGCGCGCCAAGAAAGCCGCGAACGACAAGCGCGACGUUCACGCGCAGGCGCAGCGCACGCUGACGGAGCUCGAGGGGAAACACAAGGACGUGACCAAGCGGCUGAGCACCUUCUUCGGUCCCAACAUGGAGCUCGCGCACAUGGUGGGCGAGUGUUACAAGCUCACCGUCGAGCAAUACGCGUACGAGGUGUGCCCGUUCGGGGAUGCCAAACAGGACACCACGAGGCUCGGGACGAUGCAACCCGUCGACGUGAAGGACCCGCGGACGAUGGUGUUCAACGGCGGCGAGCGGUGCUGGAACGGGCCGGCGCGGUCCAUCACGGUGAGCCUCCGGUGCGGCGGCGGCGGCAACAAGCUGGCGGAUGUGGAGGAGCCGAGCCGAUGCGAGUACGCCGCAAAGCUGUACACCCCCGCGGCGUGCGACCCUGGGGAGGUGGACGCUCUCGAACGGGAGCUCGCGGAGAUGGAGGAGGAGGCGAGGGCGGCGAUGGGGGCGCCGCACGACGAGCUGUAG